GUAGAGAAGACAUGAUGAGGAAUAAAAUUCCAGAUAGAAGUGAGUCGUCUUAGGAAUUGUUUUAUCCAAUUGAUCUUAAAAGUAUUAUUUAAGGUAGUAAAGUCCGGAAAAUUCAGCCCACCAUUCUCAUAAGUGUUCAUUACAACAGUUUUCCUAAUGUAAUGGGUACGGUUUCUCCACAGACGUUGAAAAGUAUCUGGUCUCUCUCCUUGCUUAUUUUACUGUGAAGAUAUAAAGAUAGAGCGCCAUAUGUUAGUCUAGAGAAACCUUCAGCCUUGGUUAUUAGGACUCUACCUUUUAAAGACAAGUCCCUCUGUAGCCAUUGAUUUAGCUUCUUCUGUGGGUUUUUAAUAUGAGGGUUAAAAUGUAGUAAGCCUAUAGACUUCUGAUCCUUAGUAAUGGUUAUGCCUAAAUAUGUAAGUUCUUAUUUCACUGGAAUACCAUAAUAGGAAGGAGUCACACAAUCUUAGACAGCCAUGAGUUCACAUUUAUUAAUGUUAAGAUAUAAACCAGAUGCUUUGGAAAAGGAUUGUAUCACAUUGAUCGAUAUGGGAAUCUGACGAGGAAUCUUUCAGAAGAGGUGUAGUAUCGUCAGCCAGCUGGCUUAUAAUCAUUUCUUUACCAGCUAUGGAAAUACCUCAUGCGGGACUAUUAUUUAAAUAAUUUGUAAGAAGUUGGGUGAUUAAUAAAAAUAGAUACGGUGAGAUAAUUCCUCUCUUUAACCUAAUCUGAGGUGCCAUGUUUCAGUUCGAUAGAGCUGUUACCAUUCGUAUAGAGUCAAUAGCCUUACAGAAAGGGAGUGGAAGAUGAACUGAUGCUCUAUUGUGGAUUUUCUUAUUACUAAAGUAAAUUCUAAAACUUUCAACGGUGACACCCACAGCAACAGGGAGCCAGGGAGACAUGCAGUUAACCAAAUCCCCUACUCUAAUCUUGAACUAUAACUGCGACUUUAUUCUCAAAAUGUUGACUUGAUUCUCAAAAUUACAUUAAGAGUAUAUUCUCGAAAUAUUGCCACUUUAUUCACAAAAUUAAAUUUGGACUUUAUUGUCGAAAUAUUGCCACUUUUUUAAAGUACAUCGCUUCACUUGGCCCUUAUACCUAUUUAAGCGAACCGCCAACAAUACUGUCUUCUGUGAGAAACGCUCCUGACAGUGAUGCUGUCCAAUCGACGGAGACCAGUCGUAGAAAUCCAUCCAAUGGUAAUUCUAGGAGGGGCGGGAUCCUCAACCCAGCAAAGACAACAUUGUCGGUGUUGUAAUGAAUUAUUUUUUAACCCGAUACAACACACAUUUAUUUAGUUUAUAUUUUCCCAAUCGUUAUUUUGUCCUUGGUCGUUUUGCCCGCCAGUUUAAAAUAAGCCUGGUCGUUUAGGGAAAUACGAUUAGUUAAAUUUUGUCUCAAUGUGUUUGUUUCAUUUCGCUCGUGCGUCAUAAAACAUGAUUUCUUGUAAAUGCUUGCGAUGGUUUUGCAUUCUGCAGAUUGGUUGAUUCCGACUAGAUAUAAAACAAGACAGUCAUCAGUGGGCUAAACAGUCGUUUUAGGUGUUCUGUGAUGGGGCGGGGUCCUGGUCAUAACCAUGAAGACCACGUCCUCAGGACGAACACUAUGGUUUGGCUCCCCAGCUUCCUGCAUGGUGGGUCUUCCAGCCUGGUGUCCACUCUCACCACCUUCCCCAUCUACAAGAUCGUGUUCCGCCAGCAGCUUCACAGCACCGUAGUCAGCCAGGCGAUAGGCCAACUCAGGAAGGAGGGUUUCCUGAAGCUCUACAGGGGUGUGGUUCCCCCUCUACUGAUGAAAACCCUGAACGGGACGCUACUUUUUGGAAUACAUGACGCUUUCCUCCGCUGUCUCUCCUCCAUCACCAACCCCUGCAGUGCCAUCCCUCUCUCCGCGUUACCAGCUGUGGCCGGGCUCGGCACAGGCAUCGUGGAGGCCUUGUUCUUCACACCAUUUGAGCGUGUGCAGAAUGUGUUGCAGAACGGGGGCAACGACCGCAGCCUGCCCACCCUGAGGAGUGUGCUGGCCCGGCUGGGGACGGAGAGGCUGGGGACGGGGUACUACAGAGCCUUCAUCCCCAUAUUGGCCCGUAACACCCUGGGAAGCUGCAUCUACUUCGGUCUGAAGGACCCCGUCGGUGCUGCUCUGAGGGAGAAGGGGCUUCCUCCUAUGGCCUCAUCCUUCCUGUCAGGAAUGGUAAUCAGCUGCAUGGCGAUCAACCUGCCCCUGUAUCCUCUGUCUGUGCUGGUGGUCAACAUGCAGGCUGGGGUGGUGGGUGAGGCAGCGGGGGUGAGGGGGAGCUGGAAGGCACUGUGGGAAGGUCAGCUGAAGAGGAGCGUCCCCCUGCUGUACCGCGGAGGUUCCCUGGUUAUCCUCAGGAGCUGUAUCAGCUGGGGAAUCACUACAGCCAUCUACGACCGAUGCUCCGCACACUGAAACACAGCACCUCAUUGCUCCAUUCCAGACAAGUCUGUGUCACAAAUUGCACCCUAUUCCCUUUGCAGUGCACUACUUUUAGGGCCUUGGUGAAAAGUAGUGUACUACAUAGGGAAAUAAGGUGCAAUUUGGGAAGCACACAGGAAGAACUUCAUAGGGCGUAUGUCAAUAGUCUGAAGUGGCUUCCUUUCUCGUCUCUUUCUCUCUCUCUCUUUCUCUUUCAAUUCAAUUCAAUUUGCUUUAUUGGCAUGACGUAACAAUGUACAUAUUGCCAAAGCUUAUUUUGGAUAUUUACAAUAUGAAAAAAAAAUGAGAAUCAAAAUUGUCAACGGAACAACAGUAACAACAAUAACCAAGUGUCAAAAUAACCAUACAUUCAACAAUGACAAUAAACAUACAGUAGAGGACAUGUGCAAGUUGAUUGGUCUGUCAGACACUGUCCCUCAACUUAUGGCAGGCAGCAAUGUAGUGAGCUGCCAACCCACAGCUCUCUGCGUCCUCCCCCAACAGGACGGGUAGCUUACUCUCAUCAGAGAGGUAUUUGGGGAAAUGACACUCUCUAAUUGUUUUAUAUUUUUUACAUUUUGUCAGGAAAUGCAGCUCUGUCUCAGGUUCUGCUGUUGUGCAGUGGUUGCACAGCCUUUCCUCUACAGUAAGCCAUGUUUUCCUGUGUCUACCCUUCUCAGUGGCAAGGCUGUGCUCACUGAGCCUGUACUUUGUCAAGGUUUUUCUACGGUUUUGAUCAGUAAUCAUGGUCAAACAGUUAGCCACGGUGUACUGUCUAUUUAGGGCCAGAUAGCACUGCAUUUUGCUUUGUGCUUGUGCUUGUGUUUCCCAAUAAGCAAUGUAGUUUUGUUUUUUCACUGUGUUGUAAUUUGGUUUAUUCUGAUUGAUUGGAUGUUCUGGUCCUGAGGCUUCAGUGUGUUAGUAGAACAAGUUUGUGAACUCAGUCCCAGGACCAGCUGGAUGUGGGGACUAUUUUCUUUGCUCUUUCUUUCUCUCUCUUUCUCUCUUUCUCGGUCUCAGUCUCUCUCUCUCUCUCGCUCAUUCUCUCUCUCGCUCUCUCUCUCUCGCUCUUUCUCUCUCGCUCUUUCUCUCUCUCUCUUUCUCUCUCUCUCGCUCUUUCUCUCUCUCUCUCGCUCUUUCUCUCUCUCUCUCGCUCUUUCUCUCUCUCUCGCUCUUUCUCUCUCUCUCUCUCGCUCUUUCUCUCUCUCUCACUCUUUCUCUCUCUCUCUCUCGCGCUCUUUCUCUCUCUCGGUCUCUUUCUCUCUCUCGGUCUCUUUCUCUCUCUCGGUCUCUCUCUCUCGUUUCCUUCAUCUGCUUGGUGUGAUACCUGAGUGGUGGGUGGUCACCUGGUAGGCAUGCACCAUAUUGCGCACAUCCGCUAGAAAUUAUGAGCAGAUAAGUCAAGAGCAAAGGAGAGAAGAGCAGGAGAGGAGACCACUUUUGACUAUUGAAAUGGUACCCUUGGUGAUGACCGCUGAUGUCUUAUGGAGCUGUUCUGUUCAGGAAUGCAGCAUGUUCUCAAGGAUGGUCCAGCAGCUGCAGUUGGGCACCACUUUAUUAGUCAGGCCACGCACAUUUUAUUCAAUGUUUAAAAAGUGAACAGGAACACUUAAGUUGACAGAUUUCUACUUUGUUUUUGAGGGACAGCCUUUAAACAUUUAAUUACAUUUGUAUGGCCUCAGUCAUCAAAGCUCUCUCUGAUAUCAGGUUUUUAUGAGCCAAAGAUUAUUGUGCAAUGAUGUUUAAUGGUUCUAUUUCUCUCAGGUGCCUCACUGUUUCCUAUUUUUUUUAAGUCCUGAAUGUAUCAAAGCCUCGGAGAUCCGUUUAUGUUCAAGGUGCUCUAACACGGUUCGUCAACAUGGGCUUUAAUAUUUCAAUGAACAACUGCAUGUGAAUCAAAUAAGAUAUGUAUCCCUCAGUAUAGGCCUACCCUUCUAUUGUCUUAUACCUGGAUUCCAUUACCAACUUCCGUUUCUCACAAAAUGGACUAUAUGUGUAUAUUAUCGUAGCUGAAUCAGAAUUAGUUAGGUAACAUAGAUAAAUAAAAUGUUUUAGGUAACAUAGAUAAAUAAGAUGUUUUAGGUAACAUAGAUAAAUAACAUAGAUAAAUAAGUACUAUGGCUGUACUCCAGUCACUCCCUCCUUUUCCCUUUGGGGGGAGGAGUAUGGCAGUGUCUGGAAUCAUUGUAUUACCCCUCUGAUGUUGUAUGAAUCUUGACCUAGUAUAUGACCUAGAGGUUCACUCCCCUUAGUGAGCUUCUCCAGGAGUGAGGAGAAGAGGGGGUGUAUUUUAGAUGGGAGUAUCUAUAAUUGACAAUAAAUAUAUGCCAUUGGAUGAGGUAAUGUUUUGGUACUAAGAAGUACCAAGAACGAGAUUAGAACCUCGUCUAAGAGACCAAACUGAACGAUAAUUUAUAGCUAAUGCUAUCUGGCUAUGGGAUAGUCCUAUUUCAAGUAAAAGGCCCUUUGUAAUGUAUCUAAGAUCUGUGGUUCGUCAUGUGAGUUGAAAGGGGUGUAUCUUGGCUAUAAAAGAUACUAAGUAUUCUUUUGUGGGGACUCUCAAAUAAUCCAUUUAUAGACACUGAAUUGAUCUGAGAGUCAAAAGGCUAUGGUGAAGCUCAUAUAAUUAAAGAUGGACUUUAUAAUAUAA